GUCAUCCUUCUUGUUCUUUUCCACUUGUAACGUUCACUGUUUGAGAAGAGACUCCGAGGAGCGUAAGAUAUUCAGGCUACUCCUCUAGACACCUUUCUGCGCGAGCCUGAGCCCAUGCCAAGGUCCCGGGGUCCUGAGAGUGUCAUUGGGGGAUGACCGCAACAGUAGUUGCUGCGGCUGCCACUGCAACCAUGGUCUCCAGCAGCAGCGGCCUCGCCGCCGCCCGCCUGUUGUCGCGCACCUUCCUCCUGCAACAGAAUGGGAUACGACACGGGUCUUACACAGCCUCUCGGAAACAUAUCUAUAUUGAUAAAAAUACGAAGAUUAUUUGCCAGGGUUUCACAGGCAAACAGGGUACCUUUCACAGUCAGCAGGCUUUGGAGUACGGCACCAAACUCGUGGGAGGAACCACUCCAGGGAAGGGUGGCCAGAAGCACCUGGGCUUGCCCGUCUUUAAUACUGUGAAGGAAGCCAAAGAGAAAACAGGAGCAACGGCUUCUGUCAUCUAUGUCCCUCCUCCUUUUGCUGCUGCUGCCAUUAAUGAAGCAAUCGACGCGGAGAUUCCCUUGGUUGUGUGCAUUACGGAAGGUAUUCCGCAGCAGGAUAUGGUGCGGGUCAAGCACAGACUGACACGCCAGGGAACGACGAGGCUAAUCGGGCCAAACUGCCCCGGCGUCAUCAACCCUGGAGAAUGCAAAAUCGGCAUCAUGCCUGGCCACAUUCACAAGAAGGGAAGAAUAGGUAUCGUGUCCAGGUCCGGUACUCUGACUUAUGAAGCAGUUCACCAAACAACCCAAGUCGGAUUGGGGCAGUCCUUGUGUAUUGGCAUUGGAGGUGACCCUUUUAAUGGGACUGAUUUUAUUGAUUGCCUUGAAGUCUUCCUGAAUGAUCCAGCCACAGAAGGCAUCAUACUGAUUGGUGAAAUUGGUGGUCACGCUGAAGAAAAUGCUGCCGCGUUUCUGAAGGAGCAUAACUCAGGUCCAAAGGCCAAGCCUGUAGUGUCCUUCAUUGCUGGUAUAACUGCUCCUCCUGGCAGAAGGAUGGGCCAUGCAGGGGCAAUUAUUGCUGGAGGAAAAGGUGGCGCUAAAGAGAAGAUCUCUGCUCUUCAGAGUGCUGGGGUGGUUGUCAGCAUGUCCCCCGCACAGCUGGGAACUACCAUUUAUAAGGAGUUUGAAAAGAGGAAGAUGCUUUGAAGGACACAACAAGAAAUUCUUUAAAGCUGUGGAAGAAAUCUAGACGUGAGGGCCAGUCCAGGCUGUCAGCCCAUGCAGCUGACACUGGUUGGUCUCUCAGUAUGUGGGAAAUCCAGGCAAGUUUUAGAAUGUCCUAAAUUGAGCUAUUUUCACUUACUGUGUAACAGAGACAGAUAAUAAAUCUAUCAUUUGAUUUGAA